AUGGCGCCGCCGCUCUGCAGAUGCAAGAUGCCCGCGCGCCACGCGGAGACGAAAAAGGCGGGCCCAAACCACCGCCGGCCCUUCUGGAGUUGCGCGGCGACAGACAGCCGCGGCUGCGACUUCUUCCAGUGGGACGGGCCGCCGCGUGCGGCAGCAGCCGCGGGGCCGGCGGGCCCGUCCGCGGCGGCGGCGCCGGCACGGCAGCAGCCCGAUCGCAUCGAUGGUCAGUGCGGGCAGUGCCGUGCUCCCGUGGCGUACCUGACCGUCUCCUCCCAGAAUGCUCGCGGGAACCAGGGACGGCGCUACUACCAGUGCUCCGCCUGCGACAAGUUCAAGUGGCUGACGCCGGCUGCGACGCCCUCUUCCGAGCCGGCCACGUCCAUCAACUUUUACGCGGUGACUGACCGAGAGACGCUCAGCGCGGUGCAGGCGCUGCUCGCGGUGCCGCCGGGCGUACGGCUCGGCGUAGGUCGCGACUACACUGAGCAGCGCGCCGUACCGUACGACUACCUCGAGGUGGCCCACGCGUGGCGCGUCAUCAACCGGGAGAAGCAGGCGAGGUUCGACUCCUUUCGACAGGGGCUGACGGCAGCGCCGCCGGUGGCGCUGCGAGAGGCGCACGCCGCCGCAGCCGCGGCGCUGCGGCGAACGCAGUGCAUGCGCGGCUCGGACGCCGCAAAAGUGGACCAGUACCUCGGCGUCGACCUGCGAGACCGCAAGGGCGAGCCCGCCCACGCGCUGCACCGGCUGCACCACAAGCUCUACACCAACCUCCCCCACAAGGGUCACGUCUACUACGUCCUCGUCUGCUCCGUCGCGCUCGGAGACCCGGACGGACGCACCGAGCUGGGUGGUGGCGAGCCGCUCUUUGCCGACGAGGAGCGGCGCGCUCUCCGCCGCCCGGCCCGCCACGCCGCGCUGGCCGAGCUUGGUGAGCGGGUGGUCCGCUUCCGCGAGCUGGCGAUCCAGAUCGAGCUCGUCGUCGCCGUGCAGCGCACCCGCCGCUUCUGCGGCGCGCUGCAGCGCGGAGGAGGCUGGGAGGAGGAGGGGUGCAGCUUCGUCGACUGGAACGGGCCUGCUGAGGCGGCGGCGCGCAGCAGAGAGCCCCAAUCACCGACCGAGCUGAUUUCGCAGGCCACGGGGGAAGGCGCCGCCGCUGCUGCCCCCGCCGCCGCCGCCGCUGGUACCACCUCGCCUCCCCCAAAGCGCCAGCGCGGCGGCGGCGCCUCCUCCGCCAGCGGUGCUGCGGAGGUGGUGGACUUGUGCGACAGCGAGGCUGACUCGGAGGCGACGCUGUGCGACUCCGAGUCGGGCUCAUCCGCCUCGCCGUCGGAGGAGGAGGGGGCGGCGACGACGGGUCAGAGCGUCUCGUACGCGCAACGGGACGGCACCCAGUGCCUCGCCACCGUGAGCGCCGUGCUGCCUGGCAGCGUGGACGACCCGGAGCCGAGCUACACGGUGGCGAUGCCCAGCGGCAUGCAACGCGACACCAUCGCCGCGCGGCUCACGGCAUCUUCGCCGCAGCCGCCACCGUUGCCGCCGCAGCAGCCGACGCCGCAGCCGCCGCCGACGCCGCAGCAGCCGCCGCAGCAGCCGCCGCAGCAGCCGCAGCGAGCGGUGUGGGAGGUAGAGCUCUCUCGCGCUUUCGUCGCUUUCGGCGCGCCGGCACAAGAGGAGCUGGAGGCGGCGUUCCAGCGCGGCGACCCCGUCGCGCGCAUCCGCGUGCGCGGCCAGUCCUACGAGGUCUCGGUGAGGGCGAGUCAGCCGCGGCAGCAGGCGGUCGGAGGCGGGUCGAGGAGCCGCGCGGUGCGGCGGCGAGAGCUGGGCGCGGCUGGGGCGGCGGGCGCUGAGUGA